CCCAUGUGAACGGUGGUGUUUUGUAUUCCGCGUUCCGAUCGUCUGCACCGAUUCCUUUCGCUACGCAGAAGAUUUUUUACCAAGAAAAGAAAAAACUUCGCAGACUCAGCACUUUUCGCUGGCUUCAGAAACAAACUUGGUUUUGGAAAAGUCAUUUUUUGCUGGCAUCCCACACAACGAACGCCCCGAAAACCAGUUGCUGGGCAACCCCUACUAAAAAAAGGAAAAUCGAAAAGGGAGGAGGACCCACGGAAACUUACACGCAACGUCUGUAGAAUGAGCAAUGCGGGAAUGGACGGAGGAGGAGGAGGAGGCGGCGUCGGAGGAUCGGGAUCAACAACAGUGCCGCCCACAACGCCACCACCCACUGGCCAUGGAUCCACUCGCCGCCUGAGCCACCUGACGGGCAGUGGCCGUUCGGGAGGAGCCGCCGCCAUGGGCAAUGUGGUGGGCUGGCUGAAGCAGGCUUCCAUUGAAGUGCGAGACGCCGGCACACGAACUUUGUCGAUGCUGCAGAGCAGCAAUCCCAACUUUCGAUCCUUGGACCUAUCUCUGGGCACGCCCACACCCACCACACCCACCUCCAGCGAAAUUCCAGCUGCUCCAGCCAGUGCCACCGCCUCGUUAAGUGGCUCCACGCUGCAAUUUGGACCGGAGGAACCAGAGGAAGGAUCAGCUGCCGGAGGAAGCCAAUCGCUGACGCCACUUGAUGCCAGGGAGCUCCUGACGAGACCCACACGCGCCUACGCCUCCGUCAGCCAGCCACAAAGUCCAAGACAUCGAGGUUCGGGGUGCGGGUCUGUUUCCGGAUCACGAAUUAUCACACACGGCCUGACCGGACGCUCCACAUCGAUAUCCUCGCAGCUGGAGAAGACCAAGAAGCUACUGAAAAUGACCGAGGGCGAGGACAAGCCAUUGACCAUUCUGCACUACAACGAUGUCUACAAUAUUGAGUCCAUGGCGGAAACGGAACCCGUUGGAGGGGCAGCCCGAUUUGCCACGGCCAUCAAGAGCUUCGCGCAUCUUAAUCCGCUCGUGCUCUUCAGCGGUGAUGCCUUCUCGCCGAGCAUGUUGAGCACCUUUACCCAGGGUGAACAGAUGAUUCCUGUGCUCAAUACGGUGGGAACUCACUGUGCCGUCUUUGGCAAUCACGAUUUUGAUCACGGCUUGGAUGUGCUGGUAAAACUGAUCAAACAGACGGAAUUCCCCUGGCUCAUGUCCAAUGUGGUGGACAACGAAACCGGUCGUCCAUUGGGUGGUGGCAAGAUCUCACACUUCAUACUACACAAUCAGAUAUCCAUUGGCUUGAUUGGACUGGUGGAGCGAGAGUGGUUGGAGACCCUGCCCACCAUUGAUCCCAAUGAGGUGACCUACAUCGAUUACGUGGAGGCGGGAAACAAGCUGGCCCGCGAGCUGAGAAACGAGGGAUGUGAUCUCAUCAUUGCUCUUACCCAUAUGCGUACUCCCAACGAUAUUAAUCUGGCCGAGAAAUGCAACGGCAUCGAUAUUAUUCUUGGUGGUCACGAUCACGUCCGUGAGGUCACCGAAAUCAAUGGCAAAAUGAUCGUCAAAUCAGGCACGGACUUCCAGCAGUUCUCCGUCAUCACUAUCGAGCGGGAUGCCGCCAAUCGUGAACAUUUCACAACGGACGUCAAGUGCUUCGACGUGACGGCCAAAAUUCCGGAGGAUCCGGAACUGAAACAGGAGCUCUCCAAAUAUGCCAAGUUCAUCGAGAGCAAGCUUUCGGAUGUCAUGGGUGUCUUCAGCGUGGAAUUGGAUGGCCGUUUCUCCCGCGUGCGAACCCAGGAAACAAAUCUGGGCAACUGGGUGUGCGACGUAGUGCUUGCCGCAGUCGGCGCCGAUGUGGUCAUCCUGAAUGGCGGCACCUUCCGUUCGGAUCGAGUGCAUCCGGUGGGUGCCUUUACCAUGGGCGAUCUGGUGAACGUUAUCCCCAUGCGGGACCCACUAAUCCUGCUCGAAGUGAAGGGUAAAAUACUCUGGCAGGCACUGGAGAAUGGAGUGUCUGCCUAUCCCAAGCUGGAGGGCAGGUUCCCUCAGGUGUCGGGCAUCAGUUUCGCCUUCGAUCCGCAGGCGGAGCCCGGCAAACGUAUUGAUCCACAACUUAUCCAGGUGGGCGACGAGUACCUCAAUCUGGAGCAGUCCUACAAGUUGUGCGUCAAGAGCUACAUCUUUAUGGGCUGUGAUGGCUAUACUAUGUUUAAGGAUGCAACUGUGCUGAUGGAUGAUGAUGCUUGUCCGGAGUUGGGAAUCACUCUGCAGAACCAUUUUAAGGCCAUCAAUUCCAGGAAGUGUGGACAAAACACUAAGCACCGCCAGUCGCUGGUGACCCUUUCUCGGAGGCAUAGUCUGGUGCAGUGCCUGGAUAGUAUGGAUCUGGAUGGACCAUCGCCCAUCCGCAAAUUGUCCGUGGGUCAUCACAACAAGUCGAUGGAUUUGACACAUGGCAAUUCUCAAAAGAUGUUACGACGUGCCUCCUUGGAUGACCUGGAGCAGUCCACCUGCGAUUUGGCGCCACAAUUGGAGCACCGUAUCGUUAUGAUACAAAACGAAGAACAUCAUCGACAGUUACUGUUCAAAAAGGAGACGCACAUAAUGAAUUCCACAAUCACCGAAGCUGAGGACGAUUACAAAAAAAUAAGACAACUUGAUUUAGGGGCAGGUUCCGAUGUGGAGAGAAACAUUUGAGUAGGGGUUAGGCAAAAGCAAAGCGAAGAUAUAACCUUUUAGCUAGUUAGAUAGUUGGCAGAUCUGUGGGAUCGUGUCCUAUAUUAUUACCGUUUAUUGUUAAUGCUCCUCUGUUUUUUUCGGCUAAGUUUCGUUGUGAACGUUUGUAAGACUUCCCCAGAGAUAUUGAUAUUGAUAUUGUAUGGUAUAUGAUGCAUGUGUAGUGAGUACGUGUACCUAAAGCUUACCGCUAGUUUAAUUUACUUUUAAUUAGAUAAACUGAUUUACACAACCAA